AUGGACAGAGACAUCAUGGCGUCGGAAGUCUGCGCCGCUCUUAACCGCAUCAAGACUGCCGCGGCCGCCGGCGAUGACCAUAUCACCAACAAAAUGCUCCGCAACAUCGACGACCAGUCGGUCGCAGCACUUGCGGACCUUUUCAACCACCACUGGCAUGAAGGUCGCCUUCCAGACUCCUGGAAACAUGCCAAGACAAGGAGGAUCUUCUCCCCCCACCAUGUUUGGGUUCCGGGCUGGACUCUCUACCCAAGACGUCAUGUGGCAGAUACAACACGACAUACUCGACCCUGUCCCAUCCGGGCGACACGCACCAUUCUCGGCCUCGACGUCAGUAAAGCGUUCGACAACGUGUCGCACGCUUCUGUACUGACCAACCUCUCGCAGAAGAAUGUAGGCACUCGCACCUACAACUACAUUGCCAACUUUCUUCACAACCGCACUGCUGAACUCCACAUUGGAGACCUCUGCAGUGACAAAGUCACCAUGCGCACCCGGGGAAAACCACAGGGCACUGUUCUGUCCCCGUUCCUAAUCAACAUUACUAUGCGAGGCCUUCCCACACUUCUCGACACCAUACUCCACAUUAAGCACUCAAUAUGCGCCAACGAUAUUACCCUCUGCACAAACUCUGGCUCGGACGGGGAGAUACAAGAUUCACUUCAACAGGCAAUUGACACCGUCCACACUUACCUGCAGGCAAAUGGUCUCGUUUGUUCUGAACUAUUAGUUAUACGAGACAGACGUGUUCGCCGACCCGUCCCCGACCCUCAAGAGCCGAUCGCGCUUCACAUUGCCAUCCACCCCAUAGCCCCCGUACAGACCAUCCGCGUGUUAGGCAUGCUGGUUCAGAACAACACGCAGAACUCGGAAGCCAUCCAACGCCUCCGAACCACAGCCCAACAAAUCAACGGCCUAAGCUGCCGCAUGGCCAAUCGCCGCAGGGGAAUGCGGGAGACCGACCUCUGCCGCCUCACUCAAGCCUACCUCAUUAGUAGGAUUGUCUACACAUACCCUUAUUACCACCUCCGCCGCAAAGACGAAGAGGCGGUAAAUAGCAUCAUCCGCUCGGCGUACAAGGCGGCAGUGGGACUGCCCCAGUCCGCCAGCACACAGCGUCUCCUCCAGCUUGGAGUAUACAACACCCUCACAGAGCUGAUAGAGGCACACAACGCUGCACAGAUACACCGUCUUUCUCGCACCGAACACGGUCGUUACAUUCUUAAUCGUCUUAAUAUCAACCCUACAGGUGACAUUCACCCCACUGCUCCCCUCCCGACUGGAGUCUUCAGUCGGCUGGUCAUCAAAGCCAUGGCCAAGAAUAUGCUACCCGGCCGUCACGAUAGGCGCCGCCAACUGAAGGCACAAGCUUUAGACGUCACCUACUCCGCCGACCAGCAUGCCAUAUGUCAGCUCCGAGAGUUUGCCAUGUGGGCAGUGCAGCAGCCGCAGCAAAGGCCGCCAUUAUAG